AUGUCGUCUCUGCUCCAGACUGCGGGCGACAACAUCACGGACAUUCCACCGCCUGUAGAGGAAGGCUCCCGGUGCGCCCCGGCUCCUCCUGGCCCCGACUACACGAUAAUUGACAGUGUCAAAUAUCCAGACGAGGCUUUUACAGCUCACAGGAAAGCAGCUCCUGAGAGCUUCAGGCACGAACACAUUGACCUGCGGAAUGCACUGAAGUCCAGCACCACCCAGGAUCUUAAGGAUGACCAAUAUAUAAACUGUUUUGUCUCAAAAGGCGAAGGCUUUACUGCAACAAAGGGAUGCGAUUCCAUGACCAACGCAUUUACCAUAUCCACAAACGUGGAGUGCUUCCCUACAUGGAGACAAACAACAGACGUGCUCAUACCAAUAAAACAUACCCACAAAGGGUGGUCGGAAAACCACUUUCCUCAUCCCCCAAGACCAAAGGGCCUCCCCAAAGGGCCUGAAAUUAGACACCUUGACAUAACCAAGACAUGGAAAGGGCUGUCUAUGGCCGAAGCAAACGAACUGAUCAUCUGGGAGAUGGCCUUCCGGGCCACGCUGGCUGCUUUCACAUCUAGUAAACUUGACUUCAUCGAAGGCUAUGUCGUAGAUAUCGAGCAUGGGUUACGGGGCAAGGACUGGCCGGUUUUCCGGCGCCUACCCUUUAACACAGUCGACUUGGCAGAGAGAUUGGUGAAGAUUGUUAAGUCGCAACCAGGCUAUAGAGGUUUAUUCGAGUCCUUGGGUGAUCUUCAGAAAUGGGCUGUUCAGUUUAUUUGCCUCCAUGAUUGCUUCACCGGAGGCGAAUGUGCUGUUAAUGAGUUACUUAUGGGAGUAAAGGUCUUACCAUAUGGAAUGAGGAAUAUGGGAUAUAAGUCUCCAGGCUCAACUGUUGAUAUACGAUGGGAACCUCACUACUUAUCCUUCGAUGGAACGGACUGGAAAUGUGUAGAGGGGCACGAGUUCAACUUGAUUCCGCAGUAUAACUGUGCACCUAUUGGUGGUACGGUCAUGUCUGUGAAAUUCAGUACCUCUUCAAGAUGGCUUACCUGGGACCCAACUAAUCAACGCUUCUUCGGCAUUAUGCCCUUUUUCUCUGAUCGUCGUACCCGCCAAUUUUUCGAUGACCUGACAAUCACCUGCAAUAACCCUGGUGUAUAUUCUUAUUCGGUUCUCAUUACGGUUUGUGGGAAUGCCACCAUAUACUUUGGAUCCAACAUACGGUUUGAACAGGCUGUCAGAGCGAGGAUCACCGUCGACGUGUUGAGAAGAGACUCACCGGAAGUUAUAUCUCGCUUACCACAUGAAAUGGAACUAUUUAUAAGUGGCAGAUCAGGUGGCCGCAUGUUUCUUCCACACUUUUCGGUCGCCCCAAAACAAGGUCCAGGAGACUCUAGAAAUGGGGAAUUCGUUAAACAUACUGAGAAGCCAGAUGAAGAGAAGUGUCCUCGGCUACCUCCCAGCGAGCCUAUGGACUAUGAUGACCCAUGUCGAAUCUUUGGAGGGACCAAGCUUCUCCUCCGUCUAGGCCACGAGGAGGCAUGUAAAUUGGUAUUAAAUACCCCUAUGCCUCCAUGGCCAGACAUAAUAGCUGCAAGACGCAAAAGGGCGAAAGAGGCUGCGGACCCGUCCCCCCUUUUUAGAAGGAGGAUCCUUCCUCCACGGGUCCCAAUACCAAGACAAGAUUCAUCUUCCUCUUGGCCUUCAUGUCGUCGGCAUAGAGCUGAGGGAACAGACUCCUCGACCUCGAUGUCUGGAGGUUUGAUCACAAGGUCGAAUCCUUCUGUACAUUCCCAGCGGUCGAUCCUUCCAAUACACAAAGAUAACGCUUAUAGUGCCGAUAGCGCUGACUCGCAGCCACAGCACUCCCAGCUCUCGACCUCCACGUCUUCUAGCCAUAGGGACCUAACACCAACCUCUAGCUCUGAUAAUGAUAAACACGGGUAUACCGACGCUCCGCCCAUUGAGAGCGUCGGUGCUAGCUGCUUUCUAACUAAUUCUGAUGUUGAAGCAGCAGCUCAGGGCAGAGAACAGUGUCAGGGGAUCCUGAACAUGCUGAGGCAUGGGCCUCGUAGCCCGCAGGUGAAAGACCCAUCGUCACCGCCGGAUGAAGGGAAUAAGACUAGUAUACCGCACCAUAGAAUAUGGAAACCCCAUGAUGAUAGCGUUCAGCCAGUGGAAACGCAGUCUGAUGGAGAGAGUUCUCCAACAAAUUCAAACAUAAUAAACACACCACCCGAGUCACCACAACCCCUUGAAUAUCAGAACCAUGAUAUUACAUUGCAGCGCGAUACAUCGCACCCCCCAUCGGAGACGACAAUGCCUAAUCGAGCGGGCAUCCAGGGCGGCUUAUCAACACCGCCACACCAGAGUCAGGAAUCAACAACACUUUCAAAUGAUGUUGAUUCAGAGCAGAGCAGCUUGAUGGGGACUUACUUUAUCUGUCCUACCCCAAAAAACAUUGCUGAUCGCCUUGACGACCAGGACAGCUGGAUAUUGGAAGUGCCUUCUUGUAUUCAAAUCAGUGAUCGACCGCCCAUGGAUAUGGAACCGUUUCGUGAAAUCAUGGAACGUAUGACUGCGGACAUCGGGAUGCCAUUGUCAGCUCCGGCAACAUAA